CAAUGCUGCGUAAAAGGAAGCCAAUUUGACAGUACGUUGAUAAGAUUGACGUCGUAGACCACAGAUAACUCGUAGACAGAGAAACUGAAACAUAUAUGUAUUUCUCCGAAAUUUCUUUAGUUUAGUUUCCAGAAAAAUAAUUAAAUUAGCGACUACUUUAAUUGCAAUAAUCGUGAAUAACAAUGACCCUAUAUCAUUUUGGGAAUUGCCUUGCGCUAGUCUAUGCGCCUUAUCACAUGGCAUAUAAAUUCUCUGGAAUCUCGGAGUACGCGACGUUCUCAAAAUGUGUGUAUGCCGGUGGUCUUUAUAUCUUCACGCAGCUAUGCAAGAUGCUACUUUUAGCUACUUUCUUUCCUGACUCUGAUGGCAGUCACACUUCUGGCGACUACGAUGUCUUCUUAGAGAUCCUGAAAGCGACCGUGGACUUUGCGGACCUGUUUGGUUUAUACUUUGCCCUUAACUCAGUUCCUGGCAAAGGACAUGCAAAGAUUCUCACUGCUGCCAUAGGAUGGGCCAGUGCUGAGGUGUUGGUGACGCGGUCGGUGGCGCUGUGGGUGGGCGCGCGCGGCUCGGAGUUCUCGUGGCGCUACGUGCGCGCGUGCGCCGAGUCCAACGUGGCGCUGCUGCAGCACUCGGCCGUGGCCGCGCUGGUGUGGCUGGCGCAGCGCAAGGACCUGCCGCGCGCGCAGGCGCCGCUGGUGCUGGCGCUGCUGGCGCUGGCGCCCUACCGCGCGCUGCUGGAGGACGCGGCGGCCGCGCUGCUGGCGCUGGGCGCCUGGGCGCUGCUGGCGCUGCGGGCGGCGCACGCGCUGCUGCUGGGGCUGGCCGCGCUGGCCAUGUACGCGAUGCUGGCCCGCCAGUGAGGCGCCCGCGCCUGCCGAUGGCCGUCGUCGGGCGCGUCGUGCGCGUCGGCCGAACGACUGACCUCGAGUGCCCCGUUCGUGAACAAACACUGCAGCCGUCGGACGUUUUCUCAAUUCAUUCUUGUUAUUUCGUAACAACCUGGUCGCAGGACCAGUCCUUCGGCCGUAAACAGAUCCGUUACAUUUAUUUAUUUCAUAAAGAAAACAUUCUUUUGGACUCACAGCUCAAACCAAAGCACCUAACAAGACUUAAACUUAAACAUUAUAUCAUCAAAUGAAGGGACGAACAAAUCGUGCGCCAGAGCUUUAAGACGCAAAGAUCUACUACUAAAGGGCACUGCCACUGCGCCCGUCACCCUGAGACAUAAGUUGACAAAUCCCAUAAGCCUGUAAUUUCACCAGCACAUGAAAUAAAUAAAAUAAAUAUAGUAUAAUGUAGUUUGAAAUAUAGAGUCCAAUGACUCUUUUCCUCCUUAGUCAUUACUCUAUACUGAUUAUGUUCCACUGAUUUCACUUUCUAGUAUCCUUGACUUUUCCAAACGACUAACCACCCAGAUGCUUUUCGUCAACCACAUCUUUCCAAUACAUUUGUAUAUAGUGAUAGUCGUGAUUUAUACUCUUCCUUACGAGUUUCCUGUAUCUCCUGUUUGGUUUUCAAGAUAGUUAUUAGUCUUAGACACAUUUCCUGGGCUCUUACAAAUCAAGGUGAUUUGACUAUAGCCUUUAGAAUACCAUUUUGGAAGUGUUCAAUAAUUUCCGCACUAGAGGUGGCUGGCACAUCCCCACAACUCCAAUGCAUAUGUUCAUAUCGAUUUUAGCAACCAUGACCAACUUAUACAACAGUGGUUUAUUCUCAUAACUAAUAACAUUGGCUAUGUACCAAUUCUCCACAGCAAAUAGACAAAAUUUGUUGUUCAAAAUAUUUAUUUUAUUGCUUAGUUGCUUUGAUGUGAAUUCUCCAUGUUAGUCUUCUAGCCAGAUACACUCCCAGAUACUUAACAGUAUUAACAUGAGGUAAGAUCUGGUUAUCCAUUUCUACUUCAGGGCAGUUUUCUAAACAUAAAUGUAACACGUUCAGAUUUUAGAGUUUCUUUUAUAAUAUCAAGUGACGAGACGAACAAGUCGUUCGCCUGAUGGUAAGCUACACGCCUGUUCAAAUAGUUGCAGUGCCACUCAGAGCUU